AUGCCUCUCCUUUUUUCUUUUAGAUCUACUCACACUUUUCCUCGUUCUCUGCUCCUUUUUUUAGAUUUUCACCAACCAUUGCCCAUUUUAUCUCUUUAUAUCUACAUAUUUUUCUUCAUCUUCUCCCACCAUUCCUCUGACCUCUUUUCACCCUUUUCCUCGUCCUCUCAUCCUUUUUAUUUAGAUUCCCUCCCACAAUUUCUUUCUCCUCCGUUUACCUCUAUAGAUCUUCUCACACUUUUCCUCGUUCUUUUUUUAUUUAGAUUUUCUCCCACCAUUCCUCCUUCCUUCUUUUAUCUCUAUAGAUCUACUCACACUUUUCCUUAUAUUUUCACCCUUUUCCUCGUCCUCUCAUCCUUUUUAUUUAGAUUCCCUCCCACAAUUUCUUUCUACUCCAUCUACUCACACUUUUCCUUGUUCUCUCCUGCUGUUUAUUUAGAUCUUCUCCUACCAUUUCUUCUUCUUCCUUUUAUCUCUUUAGAUCUACUCACACUUUUCCUCACCCUCUCCUUUUAUUUAGAUGUUCUCUCUCCGUUUCUCCCUCUUCCUUUUACCUUUUUAGAUCUACUCACACUUUUCUUCAUUCACUCUUUUUAUUCAGAUCUUCUCCCUCCAUUUCUCACUCCUCCUUUUACCUUUUUAGAUCUACUCACACUUUUCCUCAUUGUCUCCUUUUAUUUAGAUGUCUUCUCUAUUUCUCACUCCUCCUUUUCCUUUUUUAGAUCAACUCACACUUGUCAUUCUUUUCAUUUUUUUCAGAACUUCUACCUCCAUUUCUUCCUCUUCCUUUUACCUUUUCAGAUCUACUCACACUUCUCCUCGUUCACUCUUUCUUUUUCUUUAGAUCUUCUCCCUCAAUAUGUCACACCUCCUUUUACCUCCUUAGAUCUACUCAUACUCUUCCUAUUCCUACCGAUAUUUAUAUCUCCUCCCAUCAUUCCACCUUUCGUACCUUCUCUUACUGCUCCUCCUCCCGUUUUACUCUCUUUAGAUCUAACAUUUUUCCUCCUUCUCUCCUCCUUUUUAUUUAAGUCUUCACCCAUCAUUCCUCCUCCUUCCUUGUAUCACUCUCGAAAUUUCUCUCAGCGUUCCUCCUCACGAUUUCUGUAUUGUGAUGAGCACACACUUUUCCCCUUUCUCUCCUUCCCUGUAUCUAGAUUAUCUCUCCCUAUUCCUCCUUGCGUUUUUCUCUAUUUACAUCUAAUGACACUUUUCCUCAUUCUCUUCUUCCCUUUAUUUAGGUCUUCUCUCACCAUCCCUCUUCUUUUCGUUUUUCUCUCAUUCGCCCUACUCACAUUUUUUGUCCUCGUCUUAUCUCUCCCUUCUUUACAUCUAGAUUUUUUCUCAUUUAUUCACACUUUUCUUUAUUCUCUCUUUCCCUCUAUCUAUAUUCUCACUUUUCUUCCGCCACCAGUUUUUCUCUCUUUAGAUCUACUACCACUUUUCCUCGUUCUCUCCUUUCCUCUGUUUAGAUAUUUUCUCUCACUGUUCCUCCUUCUUCCGUUUUUCUUUCUUUACAUCUACUCACACUUUUCUCUUUUCUCUGUAUUUAAAUCUUCUCUCACCGUUCCUCCUCCUCCUACAAGAUCUCUUUUCUUUGACCUGUUCCCUCUGUUUUCUCCUCUUUCUUCUUGCUUUAUUUCUUACUCUUUCUUCCUCUUUCGUCUUUUUGUCAUUUGUUAUAUCAGUCUUCAGGACAAUUGGUAUUAA